ACUGGUCAGCGCUUGGGACCAUGGAUGCCCAGAAGCACGUAACGAACUUCGGCGCGGGGCCGGCUAAGUUGCCGCAUUCUGUAAGGAAGGGGCGGCAGCAGAACUGCCGAAGGUGGCUUUCCCGAGAAUCCUGCAGGGUGCCCUAAGAGACGGGGUGGGGAGAUUUGCAACGUGCAAGCCCAAGGCUGUGUAGUUUACUUGGAAGUAGGUUCCGCUGACUGGAUGCCCUAAGAGACCGCGGAGGAGGGGGGAGUUUCCAGCGUGCAGCCGGAUCCAGUAUAGUUUACUCGGAAGUAUUAUUAGAAGCCCAAAAAGAACUGCUGGAUUAUAAAGGUCUUGGCAUAAGCGUUCUUGAAAUGAGCCACAGGACAUCUGAUUUUUCAAAAAUCAUCAGAACAGCUGAAAACCUCUUGCGUGAACUUCUAAAUAUACCCGACAACUACAAAGUAAUUUUUCUCCAAGGAGGUGGAUCUGGACAGUUUAGUGCUGUUCCUCUUAAUCUUAUUGGAUUAAAAGAAGCAAGGAUUGCUGAUUAUGUGGUUACUGGAGGCUGGUCAGCUAAGGCUGCUAAAGAAGCGGAGAAAUAUGCUAAAGUGAACCUUGUUCAUCCUAAACUUUCUAGUUAUACAAAAGUCCCUGACCCAAGCGCUUGGAACCUUAACCCAGAUGCCUCUUAUGUCUAUUACUGUGCAAACGAGACUGUCCAUGGUGUGGAGUUUGAUUUUGUACCUGACGUGGGAAAGGCAGUCCUAGUUUGCGACAUGUCCUCAAACUUCCUUUCCAGGCCAGUAGAUGUCUCUAAGUUUGGUGUAAUUUUUGCUGGUGCCCAAAAGAAUAUAGGCACUGCUGGAGUCACAGCUGUAAUAGUUCGGGAGGACUUACUUGGCUUUACACUCAAAGAGUGCCCGAUAGCGUUAGACUACAAAACACAGUCGGAGAAUGCCUCAUUAUACAACACUCCUCCCUGCUUCAGUGUCUACAUCAUGGGUUUGGUCCUGGAGUGGAUAAAAAACAAUGGAGGAGUUGUGGCUAUGGACAAACUUAGCCAAACUAAAUCCCAAAUGAUUUAUGACAUCAUUGACAAUUCCAAUGGAUUCUAUGUGUGCCCUGUAGAGAGAAAGAACCGAAGCAGGAUGAAUGUUCCUUUCCGGAUUGGCAGUAUUAAGGGUGAUGAGGCCCUGGAGAAGAAAUUCCUUGAUAAAGCUGUAGAAUACAACAUGAUAUCUCUGAAAGGACAUAGGUCUGUGGGAGGAAUCCGUGCUUCUUUAUAUAAUGCUUUGACUAUAGAAGAUGUUCAGAAGCUGUCAGCACACAUGAAAAGCUUCAUGGAGAUGCAUCAGUCAUGAACUCAAGACGCUAAUGCUAUGCCUCACACCUUGGAAAUAAAGUGCAAGGAACUGGAUAGUGGAAGUAGUGUUAUUGUAUGAAAGGCCAAACAGCACAGUAAAACUUUUUUAGACAAAAUAGCAAUUCUUGUAUGUUCAAUUCCUGAAACUGUUGUAAAGUAUCAGGUCGGUUAUACCAAUUCCCAUUUGUGCAUUCUGGAGAUUGGUCCCAAUGUCAAAGUGUAUUGUUUGCAUAACUCUGCGUGGGAGUGUGGGGAUAUUUAACCCAUCUUUUAAAUUUCAAAGUGAAUAACUUGUAAGGUAUAGUGUGGGUGAACCUCUAGAAUACUAGAAUUUGGUAUGGGAGUAAGUGAUCACACAACCUAUUCUGUUUUGUGUUAAAUCAUUCCUGGUGAACCUAUGUUACAGUGUUCCUUACAAAUUUUUUUUUCCAUAUUCCUUUACCUUAGAGUAGAGAUGGGCACGAUCUGCAUUACGAUAAAAAAAAACCCAUGAUAAUGGCGAUUGCGCGAUCGUGACCUGGUGGAUCGUGCUCGGGCACGGCCAACAAUCCAGCGGACGAGAGGGGGGCUGGAUCGGGGCGAUCGUGCUUGGAUCGGGAAGCCAGACACUCAGGCGCCAGCAAUCUGUUGCCCUGGCAACGGAGCCAGGGGAAUGCCUGAGCUGUGUUUGCCCUCCUGUCGCCCUAGAAACCCAAAUGGAAGCCCAGCUUGCCUUGAUCAGCAGGGCUUCCUUCCAACCACGGAGCAGCAAAGCAGUCACCAGCUGGGAGAAGUCACCCAAGGGAGGAAGGGGGAAGGGGGUGUUCUGUAGCCAUGGGCACUCCAAUCUCAUCCCUGCAAACCCUGAUAGGUAGCUCUGACAGCCAAACACAGACUGCCAAACACAAACACAGAUGCUGCUGGCAUCAGCCACCGUUCCUGUAUCGCUGGGAACAGCGGGGCACCCCUCUGCUUUUGCCUCCACGAUCCACGGAUUGGAAACGGGAGAUGAUCGGUGUGGAUCGUUAAUUCGGGAUCGUCGCUGGCGCCGAUCCACGAUCAGCUUGAUCAGUAUUUUUUUUUGGAUUGUGCCCACCUCUACCUUAGAGCAAUACUUUUGUGUACACAGCCUUGGCAUUAGCACUUUUUACAAGCUAUAUACACAUGCAUCAUUAAAGGUUCUCACUGGAGCUGCUGCCAAUCAUUAGUUGCUCACCUCUGGCCUUGCCCUUGCAAAGACUUUGCAACAAGGUACUUUUAAUGUGAUCAAAUUUUUUAAAUGAACUUUUGCUGGCAUUAUUUUCUAUUUUGUUACGCUUAACUCUAACUACACCAAGGUAAAAAUUUUCUUCCUUGACUACUGAUGCUUCUGACCUACAAAUGUUUCCACCUGGGAUCCUUUUAUUCCAUAGCACAGAAAUCAACAUUGCUUUCCUGUUCAAUGACCACUUUGUUCUCCCUUCCUUUGAAGUUGACUUCACCUUAAUGUUUACAAGGCUGUCUGACUCAGCUCAGCCGCCUGUUACGGACUUCUUUGGUCACUGUCCAUUUUGUGCUUCUCAGUACAUUUCCAUCAGCAAAAGAGGGUCCUUGCAGGCAUUUCACCCAAGGGUGUAUUUUUAAAGACAUUAAGGAGUUUGCCGUUGUGCAACUCCAUAUCGGAAAACUAUCCUGUGUAAAAUCAUAAGCUGACACCCAACCUCCCAUUCACCACAUGUAUGAUCCUUCUUUCUUCUUCCGCCUUGAUAUCAUGAUCUCUCUCUAGCAUAAGUCUCACAUCUGCCCAAAACAUCUUUUAAAAAAUAAAACGUAUCCAAAACAAUUACCUUCUCAGAGCCUUCAAUCGUUAACCCACAGCAUUUUUACUGCAAACAACAAAUUAUUGGCAAAAUCAUGACUAGUGUCUCCUGUAUCAAUUCCUUUCUCUUCAGAAGACUGGGAACAUAAUAUAAGUAACAUAAAACCUGUGUGGGGUUAGUGGUUAAGGGGUCAGACGAGGAUCUGCAAGGCCCAGGUUCAAGCCGUCACUCUGCCACAAUGCUUGCUGGGUGACCUUGGACCUAAACUACAUCACAGGGUUGUGAGGAUAAAGUGGAAGAGAGAGAACAUUACAAUGUACACCAUGCAGAAGUCUUUGGAUGGAGGGGUAGGGUAAAAAUGUACUAAAUAAAAUAAUUAAAGUAUAUAGUACACAAUAUUAACAAGUCAAUUUUAAUUCCUAGUGUAAUGCCUGAAUAUGUUUAUUCUCCUGCACAAAAUGAAUUGUUCCUAUCUCCUUAGUUUGAAAUAAACAUGUUUUACUUUCUCUGUGGGUGGAAAAUAAAAAACAGCAUGAAGUAA